CACCGUCACCACCACCCUCUUAUAACCUCUUACCACCACUACUAAACAUUCCAUUCACAACCCUCUUUUUUUACAUUCCUUUCAGAAUAAUGGAGGGACUUCCAAUUACGGAAUAUCUCAUUGACGUGGGAUCGGAUAUGGAUGACAAGUCAAGCGGAAGGGGACCUACGGAUGAUCAAUGCUUCCUCUUGUAUUUCAUCAUGGGUACUUAUUUUGGACCUGACGUGAAGGGAGAAACACAAAAGUCGGUUUUCCAAAGACGUGCAGAGGGUCUUCCGCCAUAUACUCCUGACGACCUAGCUAGUUCUUGUAUGAAAAAAGUGGAAGUAGAAAGAAUUUACUACUACAUCCUUAGAAAAGCUGAUCAAUCUGCUGUAUUAAAGUUGGCUUUUCUGAGAAAAUUUUUUCACGGGAACCUCUCGACCUCUACUAGAACUCCAACUCUACCGUUCCCACAAUUUGAUGAUCUUUUUCCACCUCAUUUGCAUCCUCAUUCGAUCUUCAAAGGUCAGUAUGAAGCCAUUAAUAAUAUUGUAUUCAUUAGUGACCCCAAAACGCUUUAUAUUGGACCAGAAUAUCUUGAACGGUUUAAGAGGUUGACUAAAUUAGAAGAUGUCUGUUUGGAUAAAGCUGCUGCGAGAUGUCAUACUACUGUUGAUGGAAAGGUUUUAUAUAAUAUAGAUGUGCAGGAGAUCGAAUAUCAUAAAUCUUCCAGUUGGCCUGAAGAAGAAAUGGCAGCCAAUGGUGACCCAUAUAGCGAUACACCACAUAUACGUAAUAUACUUGGAGGUAGUACUCUAAUAUCUGGUUGUGUGACAAACAAUGGUGCACCAACAUUGUGUGGUUCAAGUGAUCGUUUGUCGUCUGGAAUGAAAGCGAGUGCGUUGGCUGAACUUAAGUCAGAUAUGAUAUUUAUUCCUACUCCUCCAAGUAGGGAAGAGUGGGCUAAUAUUUUAAAUGCUACUAAAAGUGGAUGUGGAUUGACUGGAAGUGCUACAAUGGGUCAUAUUGGUCCAAAUAUAGGAAACAUUGACAUCGGGGAAUGCGAAGACUCCUACCUAUUUCGUGUCUCUCUUCCUGGAGUCAAAAGGGAUGAACGAGAAUUCAGCUGUGAAGUUGAAGAUGAUGGCAAAGUUUCCAUUAGGGGAGUAACUGUGACUGGUGAGAAAACAGUUAGUAGAUUUGAGCAAGUAUUUGAGAUGCAGUCUCAGAAACUUUGUCCUCCAGGUCACUUUUCCAUUUCAUUUAAGCUGCCAGGUCCGGUCGAUCCUCAUCAAUUUUCUGGGAGUUUUGGGACUGAUGGGAUUCUAGAGGGAAUAGUGAUGAAAGCCCGUAGAAAGGGGAAAAGAUGAUGAAGUUAUUCUAUGUUAAUGCAUAUACUGGGAUGUUUAGGCGUUGCAUCAGGCUUCUUAGUAGGAUUUGUUUUUUUUUCUUCUAGUUAGAUAUGUUUAACUGCUUUUGAUGAUCGGGUUAGGUCUUCCUUUGCCUUCUUAAACAUCAUCUACCUGUCCUGUAAAUGCAGUUUCUGAAUGUAAAUACAUUAGAGACACGACUUACUACUUCAUGUAGUUAUGUUAUUUCUUCAAAAUGACCAAAAUCUAGAAUAUAUACACCUUAUUGAUUA